AUGAGGAUUUUGUUGGUAUUAUUGUUAGUGACAAGAUGUCAAGCAGCGGUCAUUAAACAGGUAGAUGAUGGUGAUGUCAAAGACAUCUUCGCAAAUUUGAAAUCUACAAUCCAAGAAUCCGAAGACGAACCUAAAGUUAAUGCUACAGAUGGUGCUGUGGAAAAUUCCAAGAGAGCACUACCUGGGCAAAUUCAAACAUUUCCGUUCCCGCAACAACGCUUUCCUACGCAACAAACCAACUAUUUUCCGACGACAAGGUUUCCCACCACACAAGUUUUUGGUGGACCUCAAUUGAGGACACCAACUGGGCAGUUUAUUCCAAAUGGAGCUCCACAGUUAAUCAAUGGAGGUCAAACAUUCUUUGGACAGCCAGGUCAACCGAUCAUCAACCGACCAACAGUCUUUUCAAACCCACAGCAAGGUUUCAACGGACUACCCACAGGCGUUCGACUACCUAAUGGACAGACUGCAUUUCCAUCUGGAGCUCAACAGCAACUUAUUCAAAAUCGAUUUCCACAGGUAGGACAGUUUCAAACAUUCCCUGGCCAGCAGCAGAUUGCAGUAAAUGGGCAGCUUAUCGGACAACGCCCUGGGACUCUCCAGACCUUCCCUGGUAUCCAACAGCAGCAAUUUGGACAAUUUGUCCCUCAGCAGCAACAAAUCAUUGGGCAACAACAGAUCUUACGUCAACCUGUAGUGAACGGAUUUCCAAACCAGCAAGGAGUUUUCAAUCCCCAACAACCAAACACCAUCGGGCAACCAAUUCCCAAUCAACAACAAAUUGGGUUCAACCCACAACAACCAGGCACAAUAGGGCAACCAACUCCUAACCAACAGCCAACGACAUUCAACCCGCAACAACCAACGACGUUCAAUCCUCAACAACCCGUAGUCAUCCCUCAACAACCAGUCUUCAACCCACAACAACCUACAACGUUCAACCCACAACAACCCGUAGUAAACCCACAACAACCUACACCGUUCAACCCACAACAACCCGUUUUCAAUCCACAGCAACCUGUGGUCAAUCCACAACAACCAACCUUCAACCCACAACAACCAGUCUUCAACCCACAACAACCGGUCUUCAACCCACAACAACCAGUCUUCAACCCACAACAACCCGGCUUCAACCCACAACAACCUGGCUUUAACCCACAGCAGCCCGUGAUAAACCCACAACAACCCGUAGUUAAUCCCACGACAAACCCACAACAGCCAACAACAACCCCACAACAGCCAGUUCCUAAUCCACAACCAUCUUCAUUCGUUGAUCAAAAUGGCGUUACUCAUUUCAGAAACCCAGAUGGUACCUCUUACUAUACCGUAAACGGAAUUCAAUAUACAACUGGAACGGAUGGUGUUACGUCUUUCGUUGAUCCCAACGACGGAUUAACACAUUACCUAAACCCCGACGGAUCGUCUUAUUACACUUCUGACGGUAUCAAAUAUACAACUGGAACGGAUGGCGUAACGUCGUAUAUUGAUCCGACCGACGGAGUCACCCAUUAUCGUAAUCCCGACGGUUCUUCCUACUACACUUCCAAUGGUAUACAAUACUCAACCGCGCCGGAUGGUGUUACAUCUUAUGUUGACCCAAACGAUGGUUUGACGCAUUACAACAAUCCCGACGGAUCGACUUCUUACGUUUCUAACGGAAUCGAAUACACAACGGAUACAUCUGGAAGAACAUCUUACGUUGACCCAAAUGACGGAUUAGUGCGCUACAUGAACCCAGACGGAUCAACUUACUACGUUUCCAAUGGUGUUACAUACACAACCGGGACAGAUGGUAUUACGUCUUACGUUAAUCCAAACGACGGAGUUACGUACUACAGGGGGAGCGACGGAAGAGAAUACAAAAUCGAGAAUGGCAAAACCAUGUAUCUCAACCCAGAUGGAACUUUCUACUACACCGACAGUAACAACCUGCAAAUGACCGUAUACGCAGACGGAACGGAGUCGUAUGACCUGAACGGAGUUACAUACUACAAAAACCCUAAUGGCGAUAUCUACACUUACGAUAGUCUUGGAAAUAAGUAUGGACAGACCGCUGCUGAUGGUAGCCAAUUUAUAGUUACUGCAGAUGGUGGUUGCCAGUACGGCUACAACUCUGACGGUACCACGUACCUUACUGGUAACAAUUCUGGAAGCUGUCCCAGUAGCUUUGGGGGAUAA